AUGGCGAAAUUACCUUCCCCUCUUCAACCCGCAAAGGUUGAACUCAUAAAAAAAAACAACCCAAAAAAAUGGCAUAUUAGAGAUGAUCCAAUUACCUGGCAGAAUUGGUACAAGCAUUUAAACUGGCUUCAUACAUCUGUACUUCUUUCAACUCCUUUUAUCGCUCUUUACGGAUUUUUCACGACUGAAAUUCAGUUGAAAACGUUGAUAUGGGCAAUUAUAUAUUAUUUCGUAACUGGAUUAGGAAUUACAGCAGUUCAACCUUCUUUUUUGGUUUGCGAAAAAUGCUUGAUCCAAGCCAUUUCAAAGCCAUCAAUCGGUAAUUGUUGGAAAUGGGGCUAUCAUCGAUUAUGGGCCCAUCGUUCAUAUAAAGCAAGUCGGCCCUUUGAGAUUUUUCUCAUAUUCGCUGCGUCUGGUGCUGUCGAAGGUACAAUUCGAUGGUGGUGUAGAGAUCAUCGCGCUCAUCAUAGGUGGACUGAUACCGAAUUAGAUCCUUAUAGUGCUCAUAAAGGCUUUUUUUAUUCUCAUCUGGGCUGGAUGUUAUUAAAACAGAAUCCAUAUCGUAUUGGUCGUGCUGAUAUAUCAGAUCUCAAUGCUGAUCCUCUAAUUAUGCUUCAGAGCAAAUAUUAUGCCGUAUUUGCUUUGGUAUUUGGAUUUUUAUUACCCAUCAUGGUCGCUGGUUAUGGUUGGGGUGAUUGGAGA